CUACGAGCCCCCUCCAACCCCCUCCUGUCAAAUUCUAAUCUCCUCACCACCACAGGCAAUCCCCUUCCUUCCUCCCUUCUCUCACUUUCGCUUUCAUCCGACGCAGACGACGAACACACAGCAGUCGUACCACCACGCCGUAGCAGACGGUACAGCCGACCGCGGCAGACAUUUUGAAACGGUUCUGUCUAUGCCUUUCUCGCCAAACUUAUUUUCCAUCAAAGCCUAUUUCUCCGAGUUUUACGCAACAGGUGACAAUGACUUUCAUCUUUCAAGUAAUCGAGUUCCUGACGGAUUACAACAAGCGGUGUCUGCAACAUAGGCCAUCGCUCCGGUCGUCUGCCAUCGAAAUCGGAUUUGCAACUGUGGGAGCAGACGAACAUUGUUUACAAGGAACCACCUGCGCCUUGCCAGAACUAUGCCAAAGACAGUAUUUGUAACGGGAGCUGCUGGCUUCAUCGGAAGCCACACAGUGACAGAACUGCUCAGAGCGGGAUACAGGGUGAUUGCCAUCGACAAUUUCGCGAAUGCAGUUCCAGGCGAAGAUGGCCAUGCCGCUAGCCUCACGCGAGCUGAGCAACUCACGGGCAGGUCAAUUACCUUCUACCAGUGCGACCUGCUAGAAAAGCCGGAACUGACUAAAAUAUUUUCAAAACACAAGAUAGACUUCGUCAUUCAUUUCGCCGCUAUGAAAGCAGUUGGAGAAUCCAUGCAGAAACCGCUCUUCUACUACAAAAACAACAUCGUCAGUACAAUAAACUUGCUCGAGGUUAUGAAGGAACAUGGUGUGUACAACAUGGUAUUCAGCAGCUCCUGCGUGGUGUACGGAAACCCGCAGUACCUGCCGAUUGACGAAGCACAUCCAACGGGCAACGUCACCAACGUGUACGGAAGGACGAAAUACGCGGUCGAACAGAUGUUUGAAGACAUCUGUCGAGCAGAGAAGCAAUGGAACAUAAUUCCGCUGCGCUACUUCAACCCUCUCGGAGCCCAUCCUUCCGGAAAGAUUGGUGAAGAUCCGAUUCGAGCGUUCACCAACCUCAUGCCACUGAUUGGCGAAGUCGCACUUGGCAAAAGGUCCGAGCUCACUGUGCUCGGGGGCGACUACGACACCGAAGAUGGGACGAGUGCGCGAGACUUCAUACACGUCAUGGACCUCGCCACUGGCCAUGUGGCUGCAUUAAAAAAGCUCGAGGAAAAUCCAAGGUACAAGGUGUACAACCUCGGCACGGGCAAAGGAUGUACGGUCCUACAACUAAUCAGUGCAUUUGAAAAGGUGACAGGGCAAAAGAUACCGUACAAGAUACAAGACAGGCGUUUGGGCGACAUCCCGGCCAUCUGGGGCGACUGCUCCCUGGCGGAACGCGAGCUCAACUGGAAGGCCGAGCACACCAUCGAACAAAUGUGUGAGGACUUUUGGCGGUGGCUAACCUCGAACCCAGCUGGCUACCGGUCGGACGACCCUGCCGUUAGCGCCAAAGACCGAGCCAUCAUCGACAGCCAUAUUUCGCAUUCCACGGCGCUAGAGAGUGGAGACAAGUGAUCGUCUUCUACGUGGGAGGGUGCAAUCUCAAAAGACCUGCUUCAGUAUUCAAGUUGUGACCAAUUUUGUGGGCGGGGCAUUAUGGGAACAGGGUAGGAGAAGGUGGUACGUAUUCAGAAACAGUCACGUACAUACCGAGUUUUGCCAGAUAAGGUACGGUAUAUCGACUCUGUAAGACGAGUAUCGCCAGCAUGGCAGACGUCGAAACUUUCGUCGGUGAUGUAUGGAGUGCUAAAAAAAUUGUGUCAAAAAUUUCCAGCUUCCGGAUGUGUUGUUGAUUGAUUGCUGCAGUAACUUAAGAAAAAUUAAAAACUGGUCGUUUCAACAUGUUGUCAAUGCUCUUGCCAUUUGCUUGAGCUGUCUGGCCAUUGCUGAUGUGAAAUUAACUCUAGAAGGCAUGUUUACGAGAAGUGGAAUAACGCAAGUGCAUUGUUAUGGUUCAAAAUUACAAAAAUGCAGCAGAGUAAAUACCACAGAAAAUACUGUAUCAAGGUUUUGACUGCUAUGAAAUUAUGCCAGUCCUGCACACUUAUGAGGCUAAGCCGGUCAAUGGAAAUGUUAAUGAAGUGGCACCUUUUUAAGAAUAUUUACGACUCAUCAGCAAAAAGCUGGACAAGAUGAGAAUUUUAACACAAAUUUUUAUCAUAUAUUACCCUCUCCAACCAUCAACAUCUAAAGCACAUAGGUGUAGCAUCCAAAGGCCAUUUUCAUUCAUUUUUUGUUUCAUUUCAAACCCCAUACUUUAUCUUGGAAAGCAAAGCACGUAUGUAUGAAAUAGAACUUGUGGCCGAAUACAUAUUUUUUGGCACUCAUCA